AUGAGUAAGAAACGUAUAAUAAAUGUUCCAAUUGUCGGUCGUCAAUAUGGAAAAACUGACCUCGAACGAGUAGGUUUCUUUGAUGACCCUGUAUCGGGUCCCUUUGAUCAGUAUCGAGGCCCUGUACAAUUUCGCGAGGACGUCGUUAAAGGACGCCAAAUUCUCGGUGGACCUUCCAAUAAAUUAUUCGAGCAAAAAUUUGAAAGGAUUUUUGAAGGCGAGGCACUCACAGAACCAUGGCGCGAAGAAGCGAAGCAACGGAUACAAGAUGAGAAAAGAAAGAUUGCUGGCCGCAUGCUACCGACAUCUCCAUCGAAGAAACACUCGUCGCCCGGAGAUUGGUAUGGAUGCUUUGCUAAACCUUCUUACUUCAGUCCGGGACCGAGAGUGGAAGUGAAAAAAAAGACGCCGGUUUUGCCUAAUAUGAAGAUCAAACCCAAUCCGCUCGGCGGUCCGGGUUACGCGGAUAUUUGCCUCAAUCCUUAUCCGUCGUAUUCCCACGAGCCUUACGAUCGCGUCCCAGGGAUUGUUCGCAAAAGCCGAUUCUUGACGACUAGUGCGCCGUUGGAUUACUUUCCGCCCAAUCCCUACGAAGAUGAGAUUCCAGGACCUACUUACGUCCAUCCGGUCGAAAUUGCAAGGAAGACACUCGGUAUGGCGCGAUUCUACGUUCCUUUCCCCAAGAAGCCUGGCGGAAGUCACGAUGGUUGCUUCAGCAAGUUUCCAGAGUACACGAACGAUCCUUAUGUUAAGGAUAAGGAUAAAGCUGCCGUCGAGCCCAAGUUUAUAAGCGGCGGACCGUCCUUACGUUCGAAAUAUACAAAUAGUAUUAUCGCGCAAAUAACGAAGAUAUCGUGCAACGUCCGCAAUUAUCCGGAAUAUCGAGAACGAGUGUAUCCUCUGCACUGA